AUGGACAGCGGUUGUACCCAACACAUGACGAACCAGAAGGAGUGGCUGAGAAAUUUCAGAGCAUCACCGAUACCGUAUGUGCUGUUGGGAGACGAGGGGAAACUUCCUGUGAAAGGGGAAGGAGACCUAGUGCUGCAAAGUGCUUAUGGUGAGGUGAAGUUGGACAACGUGCUGCUAGUGGACAAGCUCACGCUCAACCUCAUUAGCAAAUCGCAGCUGGAUAGUGGUGGAUGCAAAACUUUCAGCGACAAGGGGAGCAUAUGGGUCUUUGGAGCGGAUUGGAAGGUAAUAGCGGAGGGAUCACGCAAGCAAGGGCUGUACGAGAUGAAGCUGCACAAGAAACAGAGUGGGGACAAGGUCACGUACCUGGCUGAACCGGAAGCGGGUAAGGUGGCACGAGAUGAGCUCCGCACCAAGUUCGAAAGGAUGCCGAUCAAGGAGUUGCAGCAGCAGGCGCUUCCUAUGGCAGCAGCAGUGAGCACGGUGGACGUCAACCUGCUGCAUAGGAGGAUGGGGCACGCUGGUCAUUAUCGAAUCAAGGAGCUGAUCAAGAAGAACAUGGCAGCGGGAGUGAAGACCGGAAAAUUCACGGCGACCAAAGAUGUUACCUUCUACGAGCAAGACACCUACUUGGAGUGGAAGGGAUGGAAACAAGGAGCUGUUGCAAAGGAAGCGGCAGCAGCACCAACUCCACUGGAGGAGAUGAUAGAUGGGAGUGAGAAGGAAGGGAUAGGGGCAGCCAAUGGAAGCGGUGACAAUGACGACUACGAAGACCACACUACACCGGGCUUCGACUGGGUAUGGGAGGUGCAGGAGUUGUCCUCACCUUCAACUGCCGUGGAAGAGGGUGAAGAAGAAAAUGAUAAGGGAGAAGAAGCGGGUGACAACGCAACGAAUGAAGCCGGUGAGGAAGAAGCUGAAAUUUCAGAUGUGGAAGAGAGUGUGGCUGAAUCUGCCAGCACGGGGUACUCCGACCCAUGGCGCAUCAUUGACAUGGGGGACAAUGAAAAGGCGGCAGUAGAGAUUGAAGACCUACUUUCGGACGGUGCGAUCGUCAUUGGAAGGGAGAUUGAAGGAGAUUCCGUGUAA